AUCGCGAGGAGGACAUAACGGGUUGUUCUCUUUCGCUGUUUUCUAAUCCAUAAUUUUAACCAAACGAGCUUUAUAUCGUGACUUAUUUGUGUUAAAACUAAUCUAAGCCGUAUUUAGAAGGUUUCCGUGUAAUCGUUAGUUCGAUAUAACGUGUAGUGAUUAGUUAGCUAGCCAUACAAGUUGACACAUUAUGGCGGAUUGAUUACAUAUUAAAACAAAAAUGUUUGUGUAGAUAGUGCGCAAACCGAUUGGAUUAUUAUCUUGUGAUGACUGGUAUCGCUGAGCGGGCGCGGCUGGGGCGCGCGGCGCGGUGAUGCAGGGCGUCCGAUGAGCCGGCUUCUCUGCUGCCUGCGCGCGCGCCGGCCCGACAUGGGCGCUGCGCUCUCGCAUCCACAGGAGGGCGAUGCAUGUGACGGCGGCAUGCCCGCCUCGCCCCCCACCAUGGCCGACGUCAUACGGGAGCGCAAGAAAAAGGCGGGCGGUGCAGGGCUCGGCACGCUGCGCAGGCGCCUCGCCGCCGCCGCGCGCCGUCCCCACGUCGACAGAGGUUGCGAGCACGCUCGCUUCAUCCGCUCGGUGGUGAGCUCGUGGCGGCUGGCGGAGGUGUUCCUGCUGUGCGAGGAGCUGGAGGCGGGCGCCGCGCUGCGCGACCUCGCCACGCAGGCCGAGCUGGCCCGCGAGCCUGCGCCGGCGCUGCACGCAGACCUGGCCGCGCUCUAUCGGGACCGCUGGUGGUGCGACGUGGAGGUGGUGGGCAGCGGCUGGUCGCUGCCGGCGCAUCGAGUCAUCCUGGCAGCGAGGUGCACGUACUUCAGGGACCUGCUGCAGAGAUACCCCAAUUGUGUUCGCGUGCCGCUGGAGGGCGUGGGAGGCUCGUUAUCGCGAGCGGAGGCCGACGCAGUGCUGCUCACGUUGUACGCGGGUUCGGUCGCGCCUCGCUUAGCCACCUGCGACGCUUGUGCUGGCUCGUUUGCAGGCUGGGAGCGAGGCAUGAACACAGAUGCAGACUUGGACAUCAUCAGUGUUGAGAACUCCACACUGCGUCGCGGCUGCUCGUGCGGCGUGGCGAGCCGCGUGGACGCCGCGCGGCUGCGUCGCCUGGGCGACAUGCUGGGCUUCUGCGUCGACGCGCUGCAUCGCGACAUGAGAUACCUGCUCGACUCUGGCGAGCUGUGCGACGCGCGGCUGUCGUGGUCGGAGGGUCCGGUGGCGAGCUCGUACGGGUUCCGCAGCGCGCUGGAGCUGCCGUGCCACCGCCUGCUGCUGGCUGCCAGGUCCAGGUUCUUUAGGAGCGUGAUGUCGCGGCGCGGGGCGGGCGCCGGCGUGAGCGCGGGCGCGGUGUGCGUGGACGAGAAGGUGUUGCCGCGUCGCUUCGCGCGCGCGUUACUGCACGCCGCCUACACCGACCAGGUGGACCUGAGCCUCAUCAGCAGGAGCUCGUCAUCGCCAUCCUCCACCAACAGCGCCGGAAGCGGGGGCACGUUGCGGGGAGCGCGCGGCGCCGCGGCGCUGGACGACGCGUUCCAGCUCUACGAGAUCGCGAGGUUCCUCGAGAUGCCGAUAGUCGCGCAGGGCUGCGAGGACGCGGCCGCGAGAGCCCUAUCGGCGGACACCUUGCCUCGGGUGCUGCGCUGGGCCUCCGCCCCCCACGCUAGCGCUUGGCUACAUCGACAAGCGAUGCGGUUCCUGCGCGACGAGUUCCCCGCGAUCAUGUCGUCGGCGGCGGCCGCGCGGCUGCCGCGCGCGCCGCUCGCCGCCGCGCUCGCGUCGCCCUUCCUGCAGGCCAGCGAGGCGCAGGCGCUGCGCGGCGUGCUGCGCUGGGCGGAGCGCGCGGUGCAGCCGCAGCCGCAAUCGCAGCCGCACGCCGCAGAGCCGAACGUGGUGUGGCACACGACGCAGUCUGCGCGGCGCGCGGCGCGUGCGCGCGGUCGGCGCGCGCCGGCGGACGCGGCGCUGCGCGAGACCGUCGCGUCGCUGGUGCCGCUGCUGAGGCUGGAGCACCUGCCGCCUGACUGCGACGUCUUACAGCAGGCUAUCAGACGGGGCAUCAUCACGGCUCCCCCCCACCUGGACCAGGGCUCCUCAGCGGACGCGUGGCUCGGGAGAGGGGCGUUUCGCUCCCCCAGAUGUUUCCUGCCCUACCUCGAUGAGAUCAAGGCUCUGCUGGAGGACCAGGCGGUGCCGGAGGUGGAGCUGGCGCGCGCGCGGCGGCAGCGCUACGCGCACCGCAUCCCCGACACGCUGUACAUGGUGGCCGCCGCCAAGUGCGCGCACGCCGCGCCCAGCGACGCCGACGGCGAGGCGGUGAGCACGGAGGGCGUGCGCGCGUGCGUGUCGGCGCGCGUGCUCGCGUCGCUGCGCGCGCGCGUCGCCGAGCUGCGCGCGUCGCCGCCUGCCGCGCGCGCGCUGGCGUUGCACGCGGCCGAUACGCGCACCGUGCGGAGACAGAUAGCGUUGCGUGCUGUUCGCGAGCGCUCGCUGCCCGACGCGUGCGCCGAGCUGCUGCUCGCCGAGCGCGACGCGCCCGACGAUCGGGACAGUGACGAGUGGGACCGACGCGGCGGCUCGCACAGCGCGGCGCGCAGCGACCUCGAUGACGAUUGCUGCCGGUCGGGCUCGGGCUCGCUGCGCUGCGCGUCCGGCAGCGUGUCCACGCACGCCUCGCUGGAGAGUGGUCGCGGUCGCGCGCGACGCGAGCUGCCACAGCGACCGCUGGACGCGCCGCACAGGAGUGGAAGCUUCGGUCGCCUGGGGCGGCUGUCGGCCGCAGUGCCCGACGUGGCCAUGGCGCCGAAUGCCAACACACACCUGCUGACCGCGCGCGACUACCCGCACCCGCACCCGCACGCGCCGCCGCACGCGCGCGCGCCGCACCACCCGCCAGAGUUGGGAGCCGUGCUUCAGUUGGAUUUAGGCGACGGCGCCACGCACACGCCCAGACCCGGCUCGCGGGCGUUGCGCGCGCACGGCGGUCGUGCGCAUCGGGAGCACUCUCAGGUCAUGUCGUGCGUGCGGCGCGCUGAUGACGACGAAUUACGGGCUGCUAUCGAGCUGUCCGUCAUACGAGCGUACUCGUCGCUGCAGGUGGCGCGGCGCUGCGGCACCACGCACGCCGACCUGCUUCCCGCGCCCGAUUUCGCGGUGCACCGCAGUCGCGCGACGCCCAGCCCCUCCGCGCCCGCGACAGUCGCCGCGCCCGCCGCGACUGUCGCAGCGACCGCCGCGACUAACGCGGUCGCCGCGCGCCGCAGGGAGCGACCGCAGCUCCCGGGGGCUGGGGGCACGGAGCGACGGGCCGGCGCCCCGGGCUCCAGCGCUGGCCCGGUCGCCGUGGGCACGCUGGGCCCGGGCGGCACGCACGCCGCGGUCGGCACGCUGGGGCCGGGCGGCACGCACGCGGUGGGGCCGAGCGUGCCGGGCGGUCAGGCCGCGGUGGGCGCCAGCCGCAGCCCCAGCCCGCGCCGAAGCCCCUACCCGCUCUACACGCUUUACACGCACAGAGACUAUAGGGCGGGCGCGGCGCCGCGCAGCCGCGCGCACAGCCCCGCCUACGCGUGACGUCACCCGCGGCCCGCCGCACCACGGGGGAGCGAGUCGGAGCGAGCUUAGCGAAGCGAUGCGGAGCGGAGCGAUGAUCUCACACACACGCAACCCGCGACACUGUGCCCUUACACACACACACAAUCAAAAUAAAGUUAAAAAGUUAAAAUACCCCGUGUCCGGUUUGUAUUUUGCACUAAAUCAUGUCUAAGAAGUCUUUUUUGCAGUAAAACUGUUUCAGGGAAUGCUUAAGAAUAAGGGCGUUUGUACACUUAUUCGUAUUCCAUUCAUUAGGUAAGGAUCAAAGUCAGUAUCUCUACAUAGCAUAAAAAAAGUUGCUUCCCACCAGCUGUCCCUCUGUACGCUUAGAUCUUUUAAACUACGCCACGGAUUUCAACGCGGUUUUGCUAUUGUAUCGAGAGAGGAAAAAAU